AUGGAAGCCCGUGCAAGGCUGUCCUGGAGACCCCGCGCUGCCUGCACCUCUAUCGUCUCGGGUGAGUUUGUUACAAUGUAGCAAUUUCUCUAUUAAUCUGAAUAACUAAUAAUAAGCUGCAACAUUUGCGUACUGCAAGCGAAUUGCAAACCUCGCAUCUGCCGUGAUCUUAAAUGCCGUAGUCCUGCACUGCGAGGCAAACCGUUUCAAUUUCCAACGAAUUCCCAAACAUACCCCCUGGUCCAAGAGUAUUCCAACAUUAACUCAUAUUUUGCUUGCAAGGAGAGCUGGCUACGCAAUUGCAUUUAAGGCAAACAAAAUAAUGCAUCGGGCAAGCUAAGAUGCAACGCUACCGUGCAUUACAAGUGUUUUGAUACUAAACCCGCUUGUGAUGUGUUUUAAAUGUCAAAUGUAUACUAUGUCGGAAUCUGUGACACAAAUGUUGAUGGUAUGUUAGCUACCUAGCAGCUAAUGCUAACGAAAUGGAAGCUAUGCAUCAAAAGGUUCAAAAUAGCUAGCAGAUUCAGACAAAUAGACAUCAAACGAACAUGCGAAUUAUUUUAGAGGAAACCCUGUAGCUACAGGGCAAAACAAUUAUAUGAUCAUGUAACUAUAUUAGAUUCAUACAACGCUAAGUGAAACCACCGAAGAUAGCUAUCCGCUCGCAGUGUCCCUCCAUUCAUAUGCUGCGCACCGCUCUUCUCUGCCCUGCUGGCUGUGCAAUGGCUACGACCGCUUUAGACUGCUACCAACCAACAUCCUGGAGAGCGGCAAAUGGAGAUUUUGUCCUCUUUUAUAUUUCUUACACUGUUUUUUCGGCGCAAAUCCGCUGCUCUCGUCUCCGCCUACCUAAUCUCAGAAUCUACUCUGUUAGCUACUCAACUUGUUUUUGUCGAUACGGUCAUAGCAGAGAGAUUUUAAAACAUAGCUGCUUUCAGCCAACAUCUUCGUACAGUUUACUAGUAACGUAAACAUUUGGCCUCUCGGAAUUUAGCAAUUGUAAUUAUCUCUGCUUGUAUAAAAUAUUAUCUGAACAUUGAAUGAUAACCGAGUGAGUGAAAACCGCGCGUUUUUAACCCAGAGUGUGGUUUGCUCAAAGAAGAGCAUUGCAUUUUAUUGUGACUAGGUGGUAGUGGUGAUAUUAGCGAUGGAAAGACCGAAUCGCAUCACAUUUGAUUGUGGUGAUACUACGGGCCGAGGUGUUAUGUUAAUGUAUGCUUAGCUUAGACUACAUAUACUUUUUAUGGUAAUGUUCAGAUUGUUUUGGAGAUUUUAAUAGCAAGAUAACUAUUCAAGAGCAGUGAUUUUAAGAUUUCAGAUCACUGAUAAUCAAUAGGCUAUGUAUGUCAUUAGCCCUAACGGUCUGGGUGGGACAAGUUAAAUCAAUCUGGAAAGUUUUUUAAAUUUUUCCUGUCCUGUCAAUAUUUCAACCUGAUUGUUUCCCCUGGUGGUUUUUCAUGUGGUGAAGCUUUGCAUACUUAGCUAUGUUGUUUUCAAAAUGCUAUGUUCUGCUCAGUUCUGUGAAGAAUCGUAAGUGGCUCGUUUAAGCUCGUUUGAUCUUGUUCUUGAUACCAUGUCUUGUUUUUGAGGUGUUUUGACUGAUUUCACGUCUAUACUAAUAUUUUCUAGCUAGCAAACGUCAACCAACAACUGGAAGGAUGUAUUUGAGCGAUAAGUGCACAUUGUGCAACUUUAUUUAUGUUUUAAUAAACAUUGAGACAAAAUAUAGUUUACGUGUUGUCAAAAGACUAAGCCAAGCCCAUCUGUUUUGCCCCAUAGUUGCUCACAUAUUUGCAACAAAACCAACCCCUGUGCAACUAUGGGGCAAAACUGAACGGGGUUGGCUUAGAUUGUUGACAACACGUAAACUAUAUUUUGUCUCAAUGUUUAUUAAAACAUAAAUACAUUUGCACAAUGAGCACUUGUAUCUCAAAAACUUUGUUAGUUGUUGGUUAGCUUGCUAGCGAAUUUGAGCCAUAUUAGCGUCGACAUGACAUCAGUCAAAACACUUCAAAACGAGACAUGGUAUCAAGAACAAGAUAAAACUAGCUGAAAGAACCUCCUACGAUUCCCCACAUGGCAGCUCCUUGUCAUUGUUGCUAGCUAUCUGACCAUUCAGAACCAUAACAAUGCAAGCCUUCCGGACACAUCAAUGUGCGGACAUCAUUUUGAUGACAUUGUCGGCCACACAAUAUUUUACUUCAGGCUGUUAAAGGCCUGUGGAGUUUGUUUAGGUUGCUUCAUGUUUUUCUUUUUUGGACCAAUCAAGUAUCGUGGUGUCACAAUGCUGUGUUUAGGUUCUGAACCUUGUGACGAACAUGUACUGUGGCCUAGGACCUUUGGUUGGAAGUCUGUUCCUUCCACCAGAACACAAAAUGGAGAUAAAUACCACAACUUCCCCCUAAACGAUUAUCAAACUUUCAGUGCAGCCAGUUGGCUUGCCUGUGGAGGGACAGGUCUCAGUUUUCCUAGAAUUAGACAGAGAGCCUCCUCGCAGCAUGUCACUUGCCUGGGAUGGUUGGAUUCAGUGAAUUUACACUGAUAAAACCCCUUUUAAAGAUGCACAUUUGAAAUGUGAUAUUCAUGCAAUAAUGAUCCAGUAAGACUUUGUUUGUAUAGUGCCCUGUAUCCCAGUUGGUAGAGCAUGGCGCUUGCAACGCCAGGGUUGUGGGUUCGUUUCCCACGGGGGGCAGUAUGAAAAUGUGUGCAUUCACUAACUGUAAGUCGCUCUGGAUAAGAGCGUCUGCUAAAUGACUAAAAUGUAAAUGUAUCUUUGUAUCCCAUAUAUAGGCUACGCCUCUUGUUGAUAGUAUGUUGGUUUACCAAAAGGAUUACACAAGCUCUGUUUGAUAUAGCCAACCACUUUACACUUUGUGCCCCCCCCCCCCCACAACAGACAAGGCAGUAUUGUCAUCAGUUUGAUUACCGCUAUCUGUAUAGAAAAUCUGAAGGAAAUUGUUUGUAAACAUCUAUUUAUACUGGAGUGGUGAAUAUAAUGAUUUGAUGUAAUGAACUAAUCAUUUUUGGGGAUGUGAAUGUGUUUGCAGUUGACAUGGACGAUGAAGACGGCAGGUGCCUGCUAGAUGUAAUUUGGUGAGUUCAUUUUAUCCAAGCUGUUAUGUUCAUCCUCUUCAAAGUAUUGAUUAUUAUCCACUGUACACACCGUCUAGUGUACCUGGCCAAGACAUUGGUUCAGUCUAUGUAGCAGGCUUUGGCGGUAUACCGUAUAUACACCUAUACCGGGGUAUUUUAAAAUGGCCACAGGAUGGUUUUUCAAUACCUUGUCCGGGACAAGUAAAAAAAAUUAAUAAUAAUAUUCACAAUAUCAAACUAUUACUCGGAUCAGAGAGACCAACGUUGUAAUAAUUUUUACAUCUAUUUUUCAUGUGGGUCUUUAUAAAGUAGGGCAUCAGUGAGGAUUUCCUACAAUGGACAACGUGUUACAGCUGUUGAUAAAUAAUUGAUAGUAAUCUGCCACAUUUUAUUCAUGUAAUUACAUUAAAGAUAUAAGAGGGGAACAUGGAACAUUAAAGACCUGUGUUUAACCCUUUAUCAUGGUUGGUGUCUUGACGGAUUUCUCCAAAAUCGUGUGACACAAAACAUUAAUUAUCUGGCCUUGCAUUUAUGGCAGUGUAAGUUGUCCCUAUAGCAUAUAUUAAGCAUUAAUCAGUUGAAUUUUAACCCUGUAAGAAUCCUGGAUCUAGCUGUCGGACAGUUUUUUGUAUAUACAGUGAGGGGGGGAAAAAGUAUUUGAUCCCCUGCUGAUUUUGUACGUUUGCCCACUGACAAAGACAUGAUCAGUCUACAAUUUUAAUGAUAGGUUUAUUUGAACAGUGAGAGACAGAAUAACAACAAACAAAUCCAGAAAAACACAUGUCAAAAAUUUUAUAAAUUGAUUUGCAUUUUAAUGAGGGAAAUAAAUAUUUGACCCCUCUGCAAAACAUUACUCAGUACUUGGUGGAAAAACCCUUGUUGGCAAUCACAGAGGUCAGACGUUUCUUGUAGUUGGCCACCAGGUUUGCACACAUCUCAGGAGGGAUUUUGUUCCACUCCUCUUUGCAGAUCUUCUCCAAGUCAUUAAGGUUUCGAGGCUGACGUUUGGCAACUCAAACCUUCAGCUCCCUCCACAGAUUUUCUAUGGGAUUAUGAUCUGGAGACUGGCUAGGCCACUCCAGGACCUUAAUGUGCUUCUUCUUGAGCCACUCCUUUGUUGCCUUGGCCUUGUGUUUUGGGUCAUUGUCAUGCUGGAAUACCCAUCCACGACCCAUUUUCAAUGCCCUGGCUGAGGGAAGGAGAUUCUCACCCAAGAUUUGACGGUACAUGGCCCCGUCCAUCGUCCCUUUGAUGCGAUGAAGCUGUCCUGUCCCCUUAGCAGAAAAACACCCCCAAAGCAUAAUGUUUCCACCUCCAUGUUUGACGGUGGGGAUGGUGUUCUUGGGGACAUAGGCAGCAUUCCUCCUCCUCCAAACAUGGCAAGUUGAGUUGAUGCCAAAGAGCUCGAAUUUGGUCUCAUCUGACCACAACACUUUCACCCAGUUCUCCUCUGAAUCAUUCAGAUGUUCAUUGGCAAACUUCAGACGGCCCUGUAUAUGUGCUUUCUUGAGCAGGGGGACCUUGCGGGCGCUGCAGGAUUUCAGUCCUUCACGGCGUAGUGUGUUACCAAUUGUUUUCUUGGUGACUAUGGUCCCAGCUGCCUUGAGAUCAUUGACAAGAUCCUCCCGUGUAGUUCUGGGCUGAUUCCUCACCGUUCUCAUGAUCAUUGCAACUCCACGAGGUGAGAUCUUGCAUGGAGCCCCAGGCCGAGGGAGAUUGACAGUACUUUUGUGUUUCUUCCAUUUGUGAAUAAUCGCACCAACUGUUGUCACCUUCUCACCAAGCUGCUUGGCGAUGGUCUUGUAGCCCAUUCCAGCCUUGUGUAGGUCUACCAUCUUGUCCCUGACAUCCUUGGAGAGCUCUUUGGUCUUGGCCAUGAUGGAGAGUUUGGAAUCUGAUUGAUUGAUUGCUUCUGUGGACAGGUGUCUUUUAUACAGGUAACAAACUGAGAUUAGGAGCACUCCCUUUAAGAGUGUGCUCCUAAUCUCAGCUCGUUACCUGUAUAAAAGACACCUGCGAGCCAGAAAUCUUUCUGAUUGAGAGGGGGUCAAAUACUUAUUUCCCUCAUUAAAAUGCAAAUCAAUUUAUAACAUUUUUGACAUGCGUUUUUCUGGAUUGUUUUGUUGUUAUUCUGUCUCUCACUGUUCAAAUAAAGCUACCAUUAACUAUAGACUGAUCAUUUCUUUGUCAGUGGGCAAAUAUACAAAAUCAGCAGGGGAUCAAAUACUUUUUUCCCUCACUGUAGAUCUCAGAAAUGCAAUGUAACUAGGUAACAUUUCAAGUCUCCUUUAAGUUAUGGGGUGAAAACGGUUUUGAUGGGCUCACAAAUCCCCCAAAAUGUAUGGGAUUGCAAAAUCGAAUGCUUCUAACUGAAAGAGUCGCCUUACCUUGAUACUUAAAACCCAAAUCAAUAGUGUCAUUAACGUGGUUCUUCAAUAAUUAUGCAUAAUACCUGUUGGAUGCGCAUUUGCCAGACGGAUUACCACGACGUGUACUCAGAGCAUGCGCGGACCAACUGGCAACUAGUCUCCUGAGUGGUGCAGUGGUCUAAGGCGCUGCAUCGCAGUGCUAGCUGUGCCACUAGAGAUCCUGGUUCGAAUCCAGGCUCUGUCGCAGCCGGCCGCGACCGGGAGACUCAUGGGCAGCGCACAAUUGGCCUAGCGUUGUCCAGGGUAGGGGAGGGAAUGGCCGGCAGGGAUGUAGCUCAGUUGAUAGAGCAUGGCGUUUGCAACGCCAGGGUUGUGGGUUCGAUUCCCACGGGGGACCAGUAUGAAAAAUAAUAAUUCACUAACUGUAAGUCGCUCUGGAUAAGAGCGUCUGCUAAAUGACUAAAAUGUAAAUGUAAGUGUCUUCACUGACAUUUUUAACCUCUCCCUGACCCAGUCUGUAAUACCUAAAUGUUUCAAGCAGACCACCAUAGUCCCUGUGCCCAAGAAAGUGAAGGUAACCUGCCUAAAUGACUACCGCCCCGUAGCACUCACGUCUGUAGCCAUGAAGGGCUUUGAAAGGCUGGUCAUGGCUCACAUCAACACCAUCAUCCCGGAAACCCUAGACCCGCUCCUAUUCGCAUACCACCCCAACAGAUCCACAGAUGACGCAAUCUCAAUCACACUCCACACUGCCCUUACCCACCUGGACAAAAUAACACCUAUGUGGGAAUGCUGUUCAUUGAAUACAGCUCAGCGUUCAACACCAUAGUGCCCACAAAGCUCAUCACUAAGCUAAGGAUCCUGGGACUAAACACCUCCCUCUGCAACUGGAUCCUAGACUUCCUGACGGGCCGCCCCCAGGUGGUAAGGGUAGGUAACAACACAUCUGCCACGCUGAUCCUCAACACAGGGGCCCCUCAGGGGUGCAUGCUCAGUCCCCUCCUCUACUCCUUGUUCACCCACGACUGAGUGGCCAAACAUGACUCCAACACCAUCAUCAAGUUUGCUGACGACACAACAGUGGUAGGCCUGAUCACCGACAACGAUGAGACAGCCUAUAGGGAGGAGGUCAGAGACCUGGUAGUGUGAUGCCAGGACAACAACCUCUCCCUCAAUGUGAGCAAGACAAAGGAGCUGAUCGUGGACUACAGGAAAAGGAGGGCCCAACACGCCCCCAUUCACAUCAACAAGGCUGUAGUGUAGCGGGUCAAGAGUUUCAAGUUCCUUGGUGUCCACAUCACCAAAAAACGAUCAUGGUCCAAACACACCAAGAAAGUUGUGAAGAGGGCACAACAAUUCCUUUUCCCCUUCUGGAGACUGAAAAGAUUUAGCAUUGGUCCCCAGAUCCUCAAACAGUUCUACAGUGGUACCAUCGAGAGCAUCCUGAUCGGUUGCAUCACUGCCUGGUAUGGCCCUAAAAAUUGUCAAAGACUCCAGCCACCCUAGUCAUAGACUGUUCUCUCUGCUACCGCACGGCAAGCGGUACCGGAGUGCCAAGUCUAGGUCCAAAAGACUUCUCAACAGCUUCUACCCCCAAGCCAUAAGACUAAUGAACAAUUAAUCAAAUGGCCACCCGGACUAUUUACAUUGCCCCCCCCCCCCCCCCCCCCCCCUCCCCCUGCUACUCGCUGUUUAUGAUCUAUGCAUAAUAACCUCAACUAACCUGUACCCCCGCACAUUGACUCGGUACCGGUACCCCCUGUGUACAGCCUCGUUAUUUUAUUGUUGCUUUUUAUUAGAUUUGUUACUUUAUUUUAUUUAGUAAAUAUUUUCUUAACUCUAUUUUCUUAAAACUGCUUUGUUGGUUAAGGGCUUGUAAGUAAGCAUUUCACUGUAAGGUCUACACCUGUUGUAUUCGGCGCAUGUGACAAAUAACAUUUGACGAACAGCUGUUGUGAGUGCGAUGCAACAACAGCCCAAGUUCUGGAAAAAAGUGUCCGCGAGGAAUAUCCAGAAAAUGUUGGUGUCUCGUUUGUUACGCGGUAAAGACAGGUUGUGACUGGAUCCACGAUGGAUCUGAUAUCCCUAGCAAAUUGAUGUUGAUCAUCUGUUGUUGUCUGCUUGAUUUACAGCAGGGUCUCGUCAGAUUUAACAGAAAAGGCUCGGAUUGGACACAGUCUACUGUGCGCAAUUGUGUAGGAUAGACUAUUGCGCAACACCCAACACAUUUUUACAUUUUAGUCGUUUAGCAGACGCUCUUAUCCAGAGCGACUUACAGUUAGUGAGUGCAUACAUUUUUCAUACUGGCCCCCCGUGGGAAUUGAACCCACAACCGAACCCACAACCCUGGCGUUGCAAACGCCAUGCACUACCAUCCACUACCAUCCACUACCAUCCACUACCAUGCACUACCAUCCACUACCAUCCACUACCAUCCACUACCAUGCUCUACCAUCCACUACCAUCCACUACCAUCCACUACCAUCCACUACCAUGCACUACCAUGCACUACCAUCCACUACCAUCCACUACCAUCCUCUACCAUCCUCUACCAUCCACUACCAUCCACUACCAUCCACUACCAUCCACUACCAUGCACUACCAUGCUCUACCAUGCACUACCAUCCACUACCAUCCUCUACCAUCCACUACCAUCCACUACCAUCCACUACCAUCCACUACCAUGCACUACCAUCCACUACCAUCCACUACCAUGCUCUACCAUGCUCUACCAUGCUCUACCAUGCUCUACCAUGCACUACCAUCCACUACCAUCCACUACCAUCCACUACCAUCCACUACCAUCCACUACCAUCCUCUACCAUCCUCUACCAUCCUCUACCAUCCACUACCAUGCACUACCAUGCACUACCAUGCACUACCCAUACCAUGCCACUAACCAUGCCACUACCAUGCACUACCAUGCACUACCAUCCACUACCAUCCACUACCAUCCACUACCAUCCACAUCCUGACUACCAUCCUCUACCAUCCACUACCAUCCACUACCAUCCACUGCUACCAUCCACUACCAUGCACUACCAUGCACUACAUCCUCAUCCUCUAUACCAUCCACUACCAUCCACUACCAUGCACUACCAUGCACUACACAUCCAUCCUACCAUCCUCUCAUACCAUCCUCUACCAUCCUCUACCAUCCCUACCAUCCACUACCAUCCACUACCAUGCUCUAAUACCAUGCCAACUACCAUGCCUACCUACCAUGCCACUACCAUGCACUACCAUGCCCACUACCAUCCACUACCAUGCACUACCAUGCACUACCAUGCUCUACCAUCCACUACCAUCACUACAUCACUACAUCCACUACCAUCCACUACCACCAUCCACUACCAUCCACUACCACCAUCCACUACCAUGCACUACCAUGCUCUAACACCAUCCACUACCAUCCCUACCAUCCCUACCAUCCUACUAACACUAUCCAUCACUACCAUCCACUCCUACCAUCCACUACCAUCCACUACCAUGCUCUACCAUGCUCUACUACCAUGCCUUCUAUACCAUCCACUACCAUCCACUACCAUCCCUACCAUCCUCUACCAUCCACUACCAUCCACUACCAUCCCACUACCAUGCACUACCAUGCUCUAACCAUGCACUACCAUGCACUACCAUGCACUACCAUCACUACACCAUGCCACUACCAUGCACUAACCAUGCCUAAUCUACCAUCCACUAACCAUCCACUACCAUGCUCUAACAUCCUACAUGCCUAACUACCAUCCUCUACCAUCCUCUACCAUCCUCUACCAUCCACUACCAUCCACUACCAUCCACUACCAUGCUCUACCAUGCACUACCAUGCACUACCAUGCACUACCAUGCACUACCAUGCACUACCAUGCACUACCAUGCACUACCAUGCACUACCAUGCACUACCAUCCACUACCAUGCUCUACCAUGCACUACCAUCCACUACCAUCCACUACCAUCCACUACCAUCCACUACCAUGCACUACCAUCCACUACCAUCCACUACCAUCCUCUACCAUCCACUACCAUCCACUACCAUGCACUACCAUCCACUACCAUGCUCUACCAUCCACUACCAUGCCUACAUUUCCAUGCUCUACCAUCCCUACCAUGCACUAACCAUCCACUACCAUCCACUACCAUCCACUACCAUCCACUACCAUGCUCUACCAUCCACUACCAUCCACUACCAUCCACUACCAUGCUUCUACCAUCCACUAUACACCAUCUCCCUACCAUCCACUACCAUCCACUACCAUCCACUACCAUCCACUACCAUCCACUACCAUCCACUACCAUCCACUACCAUCCACUACCAUCCACUACCAUCCACUACCAUCCACUACCAUGCUCUACCAUGCUCUACCAUCCACUACCAUCCACUACCAUCCACUACCAUCCACUACCAUCCACUACCAUCCACUACCAUCCACUACCAUGCACUACCAUGCUCUACCAUGCUCUACCAUGCUCUACCAUCCACUACCAUCCACUACCAUCCACUACCAUCACCUAUACCAUCCACUACCAUCCACUACGCUCCACUAACCAUGCUCUAACACCAUCCUACCAUCCACUACAUCCUACACACUACCAUCCACUACCAUCCACUAACCAUCCACUACCAUCCACUACCAUGCACUACACCACUACCAUGCACUACAUGCCACUACCAUCCACUACCAUCCACUACCAUGACACAUGAUCCAUCCACUAGCAUGCACUACCAUGCUCUACCAUCCACUACCAUGCUCUACCAUCCACUACCAUCCACUACCAUCCACUACCAUGCACUACCAUACUCUACCAUGCACUACCAUGCUCUACCAACUGAGCUAUUCCUAUUCAGGAUACAAUGACAACAAAUAACAGCCUAGUGGGCUUCUUCACAAUAUGAUCAGGUAUAAUAACAGGACAAAUACGUUUUGGUUUCCAUGUUACACCUGCGAUUUUAAACAAUACUAGGGGCCUGAAGUAGCCUACUGAACUUGAAUUUGGAGUACUGGAAUAAGCCUACCUUGAAAACCAGAUAUUUCCUCAUCCUUGUUAUUAUUGUAGGAAAUGUGUAAGUUCUCCUGCUCCCUUUUUAUAAUUAUCCGUGAUUUCAUUUUUAACUUGUUUUUGUGAGACGUGGCCACUUUGGUUUGUUUCCCGCCACUUCAAUUGAAGGGUGUGGCGCUACUCUGUUGCGGUAAAAUCAUGUGAGGUUAUUAUGAGGUCGACAACAUCUAAUGCCUGGCUUCAACUUGGCUUUCCAUACUAUUCUCACAUUUUAGAAUGUAAUAAUAAUUUGAAUAUGAAUGCAUUGGCAAGGCCUAAAACAUUAAUUAUUCUUAAAGUAAUAAUGCUUUUUUCUCCAUAUAUUAGGGCCUAUAUGUACAAUUAUAUAAAUUAUACAAUUGUAUAACAUUGAGGUCCUUGAAAAUUACAAUGAAGUGCUUCAAAAAGUCUGUAUGAACCCUGCUUAAAAACUGUCUAGUCCUAUGUUGUUGUGUAGGUGGAUUAAUGAGCAUAUAUACCUCUACAUAACGAGGAAUAAUGAUUUUAUAUAUAUAUAUAUAUAUACACAUACAAAUCAUUAUAUUUUUGUUUCAAUCCAUUUUGAAAUGUUGAUGUCACACAUUGGCCCAAUUACAGAGUUCCAAACUGCCUCUGGAAGCAACGUCAGCAGAAUAACUAUUCUUCGGGAGCUUCACAAAAUGGGUUUCCAUGGCCGAGCAGCCGCACACAAGCCUAAGAUCACCAUGCGCAAUGCCAAGUGUCGGCUGGAGUGGUGUAAAGCUCGCCGCCAUUGGCAGUGCCUUCAGAAAGUAUUCAUACACCUUGACCUCUUCCACUUUUUGUUGCGUUACAGCCUAAAUUCAAAGAUGGAUUAAAUAAAAAAAAAUCUCACCCAGCUACACACAAUAACCCAUAAUGACAGUGAAAACAUGUUUUUAGAAAUGUUUGCAAAUGUAUUGAAAAUGAAAUACUAAAAUACCCUAUACAGUACCGUUCAAACGUUUGGGGUCACAUAAAUGUCCUUGUUUUUCCCGAAAGAAAAUCUUUUUUUUUUUUGUCCAUUUAAAAUAACAUCAAAUUAAUCCGAAAUACAGUGUAGACAUUGUUCAUGUUGUAAAUGGCUAUUGUAGCUGGAAACAGCAGAUUUUUAAUGGAAUAUCUACAUAGGCGUACAGAGGCCCAUUAUCAGCAACCAUCAGUCCUGUGUUCCAAUGGCACGCUGUGUUUGCUAAUCCAAGUUUAUCAUUUUAAAAGGCUAAUUGAUCAUUAGAAAAUCCUUUUGCAAUUAUGUUAGCACAGCUGAGAACUGUUGUGCUGAUUUAAAGAAGCAAUAAAACUGGCCUUUUUGAGACUAGUUGAGGAUCUGAAGCAUCAGCAAUUGUGGGUUCGAUUACAGGCUCAAAAUGGCCCCUUGUGAACUUAGCCAGUAAUACUGUAAAUCCCAGGAUGAGAGAAGGACGGUGUGACGAUAUGAACAUCUGGAUACCGCCCAACCCUACUAGGUAGGAUACUGGGGCAAUAGAUGUGACCUCAAUAAGUUAUGUCUGUCUGUCUGACCGAUGUUCCUCUCUCCACAGUGACCCAGAAGCACUCAACGAUUUUCUUCAUGGAUCAGAGAUCCAUGUAAGUUGCUGCUAUUUCCCUACAAAGAUGGUUAUGAUGCCUCUGUUGUACUGGCCAAGCUAAGGAGUUACCUGGAUUGUGUUUCAUAGCAGUCGGCUUGACUCUUGAGGAUGGGGUGUGGUUGACUUCCUAGCACCAGAUAACAGCUAACAGAACACAGGCUACUUCUCUUGGGCAUGGCGACAGGGAAUCAUUGAGUUCAACAAGCACACUGGCUACCCCACACACACACACACACACACACACACACCUUGUGCACACACACACACACCUCCCCGUCCCUCUCUAAGGAGGUUUUCUGUGUCCAUGGAUCUGCUACUGCUUAUGGUUUCUUGCUUUAUGAUUUCAACCCUGCCUUUUCACCUUAUUAAGCCAAAAUGACCAGGUACUAAUCUAACACUAGCCCUCUUCUGCUUUGGUUCCUUCUUUCCUUUUCUCCCUCCCUCCCUCCCUCUCACCUCUAAUACACUCUGCUACCCCUCUUCCAUACCGGGUCACUGGUGGGUUUGUCUGUCUGUCUCUAUCCCUGUCUGUCUGCAUUUUUGGCUGUCAUUGUGGCGUGUGCCUCCCCGCCGGCCUGUUUGUCUGUCGUUCUGUCUCUAUCUGUCCUAUCCUGGCUGUGUCUGUCUGUAGCUGGACACUGACGACCUUUUGGAUGGCUCUAGCGACCCCUCCAGCUCGUACUUCUCUUCCGCUGGGGUGAGUAACGGCCCUUCCCCACUCUGACCUCUGACCCUCCUGUCUCCAUUCAUACAUGUAGCAUGCAUCUCUCGCUCCCACCCUGCCACCCUACCCUUCCAGUAACAUACAUCCACACACACCAAGCUCUGAUGCCCCUGGGCUGGUUGGUAGGAGCCAUAACACUAUGGGGUUCUAGGGGGCCUGUCCAGGCUCAGUUCAACUCAACCCAUUCCUUCCCAUCUCAUCUCUACUCAGCUUUCCUCCUCCUCCCAUCACAGAGCUUCACUGUUCUUCCUUCCCCCUCUCUCUCCUUCAUAGUGCCACGUUCCAGAGGUUCCGCCCCCAGUCCAGCUGUCGUCCAAUGAGCAGCCAGGCCUGCCCCGGGUCAGCGUGGACCUGGACUUCCUGGAAGAUGAUGUCAUCCUGGGCGGGUCGCCGGGCGACAACUGUAGCAGUGCCAUCGGCGACAACGACAUGGAGCCAUGUGACAUCCUGCAGCAGAGCCUGGCGGAGGCCAACAUUACAGAGCAGAGCCUGCAGGAGGCCGACAUUACAGAGCAGAGCCUGCAGGAGGCCGAGGCAGAGCUGGACCUGGACUCCUUCGACCUCACCAUGCCUGGCCUGACUCAGGUGGUCCAGACGCUGCCCUGUACAGACGGCCUGACUGGGCCUGGAGGGACCGCUGUGGGGGUUGGGCUCCCCAUCUUCUCUGGAGCUCCAGGCGCCACCGCCACCCCUACCCAGGCCACAGCUGACAUGCUGGGCUCAGUGCUGGCCCAACAGGGCCUCCAGUUUGGGCCCCAGGUCAUGAACAAGGCCCAGGCCAUCAGUAUGCAGCCCUUCAUGCAGCAGGUGGCAGGCCUGGGUAACGUCACCCUCCAGGCUCUACCUAACGGCUGCCAGUCAGGACACCUGGGACUGGGGCAGAUACAGGUGAUGAGCCAGCCCACUGUGAUGACUAUGAACCAGUCAGGGCAGCCCACUGUGAUGACUAUGAACCAGUCAGGGCAGCCCACUGUGAUGACUAUGAACCAGUCAGGGCAGCCCACUGUGAUGACUAUGAACCAGUCAGGACAGCCCAUCCUGGCCAAGGCCAUGGGAGGCUACCAGCUGCACCAGCCUGGCCCCGAGGCGCAGGGGGCAGGGGUGCAGGGCGGACUGGGAGGGGGACUUCUGAUCCAAGGGGGCAAAGCCACUCUGGGAUCUCCAGCUUUAAACGGCCCGGCGGUGUGUGUCGGCAGCACUAACAGUGGCAGUAGCACCAUGACUGCUGCUGGAGCCUUGGUUGGGUUCAGUAGCCCCGGACUGGGCCAACAUGGGCAGAACCAGCCCCAAGGACAGAUCAUGCAGAACUUGAUCAUCCAGCGAACCCCGACCCCCAUCCAGCCCAAACCCCCCCAGGGGGGCGCAGCCAUCCAGCCCAAACUGUUCAAGCAGCAGCAGCAGGCCCAGGCCCACGUCCUCCAGAACGAUGCCAACAAGGCCCUUGGGGUGCAGCAGGUCCCUGUCUCCGCUGCCCAGAAUGUAGCCUUCCUGACAGGCAAGCCUGGCUCUAACAUGGUCCUGACCUCCCAGUCGGGAGUCCCCCAGCAGGCUCUGUUCAAACAGCAGACAUCCCACCACCCCUCUGGGAAAGCCCUCAGUGUCCACCUCCUCAACCAGCCCGGCAGCAUCAUGCUGGGGGGGCAGAACCACCAGUUCCUCCUGCCGCAGCAGCUAGCCGGGGGACAGAUCCUCACGCAGCACCCUGGGGGCCACAUCAUCACCUCCCAGGGGCCUGGGGGCCAGCUGAUAGCCAACCAGAUCCUGGCUCAGCACCAGAACAUCAACCUGGGCCAGGUGCUGACGUCUCAGGGCCACCCUCUGCUCCAGCUGCAGCCGGGGCAGAUGGGACAUCAGCUCUUCCAGAUGCCGGUCACCCUCUCCCAGAGCCAGACCCACACGGUCACUGGCCACCAGGCCCACACAGUGAUCCAGGGCAUGCCCUUGCAGAACUCCCUGACCAUGCUGAGCCAGGUGGAGGGGGUGAGUCCUGCCGUCAGCCUGCAGCCUGCUCUGCAGCCGCAGCCGGGGGGCGUUCCCAGCAGCGGCAUGGGCGGGGCGGCUGCCAUGGCACAGGGCCAGCCUGGGGAGAGUGGGAGCUGUACAGAUCAGGCAGCCCACCCUGGACAACCCCCUCAGCACUCCUCCAUCCUCUCUAUGCAGGCUGGGCCCUCUGUCUCUGUCCCCUCCUCCUCUUCUCCAUCCUUAUCUGUGUCCACCACAUCAGCCCAGCAGCAGCACAGCCCUGGGAGCAGGGUGCUCUUCACAGGGCCCCAGGGCUCCAGCAUGAUCCUCAGCCAGGAACAACUCCAGAUGUUCCUCCAGCAGGUCAGUAUGGCCCAGCCUCUACGUCUCCCUCUCCUCCCUACGUCUCCUCUCCUCCUCUCUCCCUCUCCUCCUCUCCACCUCUACCUCUCCUCUUCUCUAUCUCUACUCCUCUUUACCUUUACCUCUCCCUAUAUCUCUCCCUCUUUACCUCUCCCUCCCUCUCCUCUCUACGUCUCCCUCUCCUCUCUACGUCUCCCUCUCCUCUCUACGUCUCCCUCUCCUCUCUACGUCUCCCUCUCCUCCCUCUCCUCUCCUCUACCUCUCCCUCUCCUCUCUACCUCUCCCUCUCCUCUCUACCUCUCCUCUCCUCUACCUCCUCUCCUCCCCUCCUCCUCUCCCCUCUCCCUCUCCUCUCUCUCUCCUCUCCCUCUCCUCUCCUCCCUCUCUCUCCCUCUCCCUCUACUCUCCCUCUCCUCACUCUCCUCCUCCUCGUCUCCCCUCUCCUCUCCCCUCUCUCACGUCUCCCUCUCUCCCUCUCUCUCCUCUCUCUUCUCUACCUUCUCCUCUCUCCUCCUCUCUCCUCCUCUCUACGUCUCCCUCUCCUCUCUACGUCUCCCUCUCCUCCCUCUCUCCUCCCUCUCUCUUCUCUACGUCUCUCCCUCUCCUCUCCUACCUCCCUCCCUCUCUCCCUCUCCUCUCUAUCUCCCUCCUCCUCUCUCUACCUCUCCUCUCCCUCUCCCUCUCCCUCUCCCCUCUCCUCCCUCUCCUCUCAACCCUCUCCCUCUCUCUCUCCCCUACCUCUCCCUCUCCUCUCUCCCCUCUCCCUCUCUCUCUCCCUCUCCUCUCUCCCUCUCCUCUCCUCCUCUCUCGCUCCUCUCCCUCUCCCUCCUCUCUCCCCUCUCCUCUCUCUCCCUCUCUCCCCCUCUCCUCUCUACCCUCCUCUCCUCCUCUCCUCUCUCCCUUCUCCCCUCCCCUCCCUCUCCUCCCUACCUCUCCCCUCCUCCCUACCUCUCCUCCUCUCCCUCUCUCCUCUCACGUCCCUCCUCUCCUCCCUUCUACUCCCCUCUCCCCUCCUCCCUCUCCCCCUCCCCCUACUCUCUCCUCUCCCUCCUCUACUUCUCCCUCUCCUCCCUCCCUCUCCCUCUCCUCCUCUCUCCCUCACCUCUACUUCUCUUUACCUUUACCUCUCCCUCUCUCCCUUUACCUCUCCCUCUCUACCUCUCUAUUUCUACCUUUCUACUUGGGCUGUGUCGUUCAUGACAUUUUGUCAGCCGGUUAUUGUCAUGCAAAAGUCUGCCGGUCUCACGGUAAUUUACCGUUAAUUAACAUAAACACGUUUAGCAUGUCGUAGCCUCCACGCUGAUGCACGCCUUUGGAACAUCUUCAUUUUAGAACGUCUAAUAAAUCAAUUGAAUAUACACCAUCACAAUAAAUCCAUUAUUUAUUUUAUUCAGGUCUAAAGAAACAUUAUGAUAUAAAGAAAACGUAUUUCAGAAGAACAGAAUAUGAGUUGGCCUACUGUCUGUUAUCUGGCUAUGCUCCAUGCCAUAGGCUGGAGGCUUGAUCAUUUAGCUGACAAGAUAUGCUUAUAAGUCCCCAUGCCCUUAUUUUAUAUUAUAUGAUUUUAUAGUAAGAAGAAUAUAAUUUAACUUAGCUAAAUAAAAUAGAAAGGAUAUUAUUCCCAUUACGGAGCGAGAGUGCACAUAUGAAGUGGCUAUGUUGAGCGUAAAAGUGAUUAUUUGAAAUAGCUCCUAUAUGCUAGAUUUUGUGUUAUUUGGCAACUUUAGUUGUGAAUUAUACAAACAUUAGAAUGCCUUAGAAAUCAAAAGAUAUCUGGGCUGCAUGAUGAUAUAUGGGCUGCAUGAUGAUAUAUGGGCUGCAUGAUGAUAUCUGGGCUGCAUGAUGAUAUAUGGGCUGCAUGAUGAUAUCUGGGCUGCAUGAUGAUAUAUGGGCUGCAUGAUGAUAUCUGGGCUGCAUGAUGAUAUCUGGGCUGCAUGAUGAUAUCUGGGCUGCAUGAUGAUAUCUGGGCUGCAUGAUGAUAUCUGGGCUGCAUGAUGAUAUCUGGGCUGCAUGAUGAUAUCUGGGCUGCAUGAUGAUAUAUGGGCUGCAUGAUGAUAUCUGGGCUGCAUGAUGAUAUCUGGGCUGCAUGGUGAUAUCUGGGCUGCAUGGUGAUAUCUGGGCUGCAUGGUGAUAUCUGGGCUGCAUGGUGAUAUCUGGGCUGCAUGGUGAUAUCUGGGCUGCAUGGUGAUAUCUGGGCUGCAUGAUGAUAUCUGGGCUGCAUGAUGAUAUCUGGGCUGCAUGAUGAUAUCUGGGCUGCAUGAUGAUAUCUGGGCUGCAUGAUGAUAUCUGGGCUGCAUGAUGCGACUAUUGGCUUCUGAUGAUUUGAGAAAGCUCCUUGCUUCAGGCUGCACACGCUGUUCUCUCAUCAAGUCAUCAUAUUUUCACCCAGCAGACUAUUCUCAAUUUAAUCUUGUCUUUACUAAUAUGUAAAAUUAGUUUUGAUUUAGAAUGGCCCAUUUAUGAAAUGAGCAGGAACAGGGGCAAGAAAAAAAAAUACAUGCCAUCCGUAUGCAAUCGAAUAGUGAAUGGAGGCCUCCAGUACAUUUUUCACUCAUGUCAGGUAGGCUACUGUAGUUAUUUUGCUGCGGGACAGGUGAUAUUCCGCCUAAAACAUGAAACAUUACAUAAUACAGAACGUUAAUAGACAAGAACAGCUCAAGGACAGAACUACAUAUAUACAUGUUUUAAAAAGGCUCACGUAGCCUACAUAUCAAUACAGACACACAAACUAUCUAGGUCAAAUAGGGGAGAGGCGUUGUGCCGUGAGGUGUUGCUUUAUCAGUUUUUUUUAAACCAGGUUUGCUGUUUAUUUGAGCAAUAUGAGAUGGAACGGAGUUCCAUGCAAUAAUGGCUCUGUAUAAUACUGUACGCUUUCUUGAAUUUGUUCUGUAUUUGGGGACUGUGAAAAGACCCCUGGUGGCAUAUCUGGUGGGAUAAGUGUGUGUCUCAUAGCUGUGUUUAUUAAUAAUAAUAAUAAUACGCCAUUUAGCAGACACUUUUAUCCAAAGCGACUUAGUCAUGUGUGCAUACAUUUUUACGUAUGGGUGGUCCCGGGGAUCAAACCUACUACCCUGGCAUUACAAGCGCCAUGCUCUACCAAUUGAGCUACAGAGGACCACAGUUGACUAUGCAAACAAUUUGGGAUUUUCAACACAUUAAUGUUUCUUAUAAAAAAUAAGAAGUGAUGCAGUCAGUCUUUCCUCAACUCUUAGCCAAGAGAGGCUGGCAUGCAUAGUAUUAAUAUUAACCCUCUGAUUACAAUGAAGAGCAAGACGUGCAGCUCUGGGGUCUUUCUUUGCAGCACUCAACCACAUGACUGGACAAUAAUCAAGAUAAGACAAAACUAGAGCCUGCAGAACUUGCUUUUUGGAGUGUAGUGUCAAAAAAGCAGAGCAUCUCUUUAUUACGGACAGACCUCUCCCCAUCUUUACAACCAUUGAAUCUAUAUGUUUUGACCAUGAUAGUUUACAAUCUAAGGUAACGCCAAGUAAUUUAGUCUCCUCAACUUGUUCAACAGCCACACCGUUCAUUACCAGAUUCAGCUGAGGUCUAGAGCUUAGGGAAUGAUUUGUACCAAAUACAAUGCUCUUAGUUUUAGAGAUGUUCAGGACCAGUUUAUUAGUGGCCACCCACUCCAAAACAGACUGAAACUCUUUAAGGGUUUCAGUGACUUCUUAGCUGUGGUUGCUGAUGCGUAUAUGGUUGAAUCAUCAGCAUACAUGGACACACAUGCUUUGUUUAAUGCCAGUGGCAGGUCAUUGGUAAAAAUAGAAAGAGUGGAGGGCCUAGAGAGCUGCCCUGUGGUACACCACACUUUACAUGUUUGACAUUAGAGAAGCUUCCAUUAAAGAAAACCCUUUUGAGUUAUAUUAGAUAGAUAGCGCUGAAUCUACAAUAUGGAAGAGUUUUAAAGCCAUAACACAAGUUUUUUUCAAGAACAGGUUAUGGUCAAUAAUAUCAAAGGCUGCACUGAAAUCUAACAGGACAGCUCCCACAAUCUUCUUAUUAUCAAUUUAUUUCAACCAAUCAGUAAUUUGUGUCAGUGCAGUACAUGUUGAGUGCCCUUCCCUAUAAGCAUGCUGAAAGUCUGUUAAUUCUCUCCUCUCCACCUCUCUCCCCUCUACCUCUCCUUCCUUCCUUCCUCUCCCGCUCUUCUCUACCUCUCCCGCUCUUCUCUACCUCCCCCUCCCCUCUACCUCUCCCCUCUCCCCUCUCCCCUCUCCCUCUCCCCUCUCCCCUCUACCUCUCCCCUCUACCUCUCCCCUCUACCUCUCCCCUCUACCUCUCCCCUCUACCUCUCCCCUCUACCUCUCCCCUCUCACCUCUCCCUCUCUACCCCUCUCCCCUCUACCCUCUCUCCCCUCUCACCCUCUACUCUCUCCUCUACCCUCUCCCUCCUCCCUUCCUCUACCUCCCUCUCCCCUCUACCUCUCCUCUCUACCUCUCCCUCUCUCACCUCUCCCCUCUACCUCUCCCCUCUACCUCUCCCUCUACCUCUCCCCUCUACCCUCCCUCUCAACCUCUCCCCUCUCCCCCUCCCUCUCCCUCCCCCUCUCCUCCUCUCCUCUCUACCUCUCCUCUCUACCUCUCCUCUCUACCUCUACAGUGCCUUGCAAAAGUAUUCACCCCCCUUGGUGUUUUUCCUAUUUUGUUGCAGUACAACCUGUAAUUCUAAAUGGAUUUCUAUUUGGAUUUCAUGUAAUGGACAUACACAAAAUAGUCCAAAUUGGUGAAGUGAAGUGAAAUGAAAAAAUUAAAAAAAGUUAAGAAAAAGUGGUGCGUGCAUAUGUAUUCACCCCCUUUGCUAUGAAGCCCCUAAAUAAGAUCUGGUGCAACCAAUUACCUUCAGAAGUCACAUAAUUAGUUAGAUUGCACACAGGUGGACUUUAAGUGUCACAUGAUCUGUCACAUGAUCUCAGUAUAUAUACUUCUGUUCUGAAAGGCCCCAGAGUCUGCUAAACCACUAAGCAAGGGGCACCACCAAGCAAGCAGCACCAUGAAGACCAAGGAGCUCUCCAAACAGGUCAGGGACAAAGUUGUGGAGAAGUACAGAUCAGGGUUGGGUUAUAAAAAAAUAUUAGAAACUUUGAACAUCCCACGGAGCACCAUUUAAAUCCAUUAUUUAAAAAUGCAAAGAAUAUGGCACCACAACAAACCUGGCAAGAGAGGGCCACCCACCAAAACUCACGGACCAGGCGAGGAGAGCAUUAAUCAGAGAGGCAACAAAGAGACCAAAGAUAACCCUGAAGGAGCUGCAAAGCUCCACAGCGGAGAUUGGAUUAUCUGUCCAUAGGACCACUUUAAGCCAUAGGGCAGCGCACAAUUGGCCCAGCGUUGUCCGGGUUUGGCCGGUGUAGGCCGUCAUUGUAAAAAAUGAUUUUUCUUAAAUGUCUUGCCUAGUUAAAUAAAGGUUAAAUAAAAAAAAGCUGUACACUCCACAGAGCUGGGCUUUACGAAAGAGUGGGCAGAAAAAAGCAAUUGCUUAAAGAAAAUAAUAAGCAAACGUGUUUGGUGUAUGCCAAAAGGCAUGUGUGAGACUCCCCAAACAUAUGGAAGAAGGUACUCUGGUCAGAUGAGACUAAAUUUGAGCUUUUUGGCCAUCAAGGAAAAUGCUAUGUCUGGCGCAAACCCAACACCUCUCAUCACCCUGAGAACACCAUCCCCACAGUGAAGCAUGGUGGUGGCAUCAUCAUGCUAUGGGGAUGUUUUUCAUCGGCAGGGACUGGGGAACUGGUCAGAAUUGAAGGAAUGAAGGAUGGCGCUAAAUACAGGGAAAUUCUUGAGGGAAACCUGUUUCAGUCUUCCAGAGAUUUGAGACUGAGACGGAGGUUGACCUUCCAGCAGGACAAUGACCCUAAGCAUACUGCUAAAGCAACACUCAGUGGUUUAAGGGGAAACAUUUAAAUGUCUUGGAAUGGCCUAGUCAAAGGCCCAGACCUCAAUCCAAUUGAGAAUCUGUGGUAUGACUUAAAGAUUGCUGUACACCAGCGGAACCCAUCCAACUUGAAGGAGCUGGAGCAGUUUUGCCUUGAAAAAUUGGCAAAAAUCCCAGUAGCUAGAUGUGCCAAGCUUAUAGAGACAUACCCCAAGAGACUUGCAGCUGUAAUUGCUGCAAAAGGUGUCUCUACAAAGUAUUGACUUUGGGGGGGGGGGGGGGGGGGGGGGGGGGGGGGGUGAAUAGUUAUGCACGCUCAAGUUCUGUUUUUUUUGGUCAUAUUUCUUGUUUGUUUCACAAGAAAAAAUAUUUUGCAUCUUCAAAGUGGUAGGCAUGAGGCAUGUUGUGUAAAUCUGAUAAAAUGAUACAACCCCCCCCAAAAAAUCACUUCACAAGCCUCUGUACCUCUCCUCCUCUACCCCUCCAUCUCUCUUUUGGCAUUGUGUUGUUGAUCUGAAGUGAACAGUUAACAUUGGCCAACUAGAUAACAGAGUGAUGCAUCAUGGGUGAUGGACUGAUACCAUGGUGCCCUGGUCUGACCUACCUACCUCUGGUUUACUAUUUUACUCCCCCCUCCUCCAUCUCCCUCCCUCCCUCAUCCCUCUCUCUCCUCCCUUUCUUCCUGACUCGUUAAUGUGCCCAUGUCAGGACCAGCGACAGACAGAGAAUGACCCCGCCCCCUCUGUCUCAGUGGGCGUGCCAGCAUCCGUUAUCGUCAGCUGCAACAGCAGCUCUGGCCACACACCCUCGGGUCUUGACAGCCAAUUAGCUGAGGCAGCAGUGGUAAACCAGGUAGACAACACGCCCCUUUAUGCUAAGCCCCACCCCAUGUUGCUGCCACUGCCACUCUGCGUUAGGAUGUCGCCUAUCUAUACCAGCAGGCCUCUCUCACUCGGUCUCUGACUCGGUCUCUGACUCUGACUCUCUCUGACUCUCUCUCACUCGUCUCUGACUGUCUCUGACUCGGUCUCUGUCUUUGACUCUGACUGUGACUCUGACUCGUCUCUGUCUUGACUCUGUCUUUGACUCUGUCUUUGACUCUGUCUUGACUCUUGUCUCUUGACUCUGUCUUUGACUCGGUCUCUGACUCGGUCUCUGACUGACUCGGUCUCUGACUGACUCUGGUCUCUGACUCGGUCUCUCUGACUCUGACUCGGUCUCUGUCUUUGACGCUGUCUCUGUCUUUGACUCUGUCUCUGUCUUUGACUCUGUCUCUGUCUUUGACUCUGUCUCUGACUGACUCUAACUGUCUGACUGUGACUCGGUCUCUGACUGUGACUGACUCUGUCUCUGACUCGGUCUCUGUCUCUGACUGUGACUGACUCGGUCUCUGACUCGGUCUCUGUCUCUGACUGUGACUGACUCUGUCUACUCUCUCUGACUCUGUCUCUGCACGUUUUGUUUCCUCUCUAAAUCACCAUGCCAGUCCA